GUCCGUUGGUGACUAAUCUCUAGCCUCUUGUUGUAUCUCUGGUUCUCUUCACUCCCAGUGUCGUUGCUGCUGAAGUUACCAUUAGCAACUGGGCAGCGCCCAACUCGACUCCCACUUCUGACUGACCGCCGGUGUCCGGUCAACACUGCAGGUAAACUUCCCCCGGAUUUCCAGACAAUAGGGAAGGACUUGACAGACAAGUGGAUCACAGACUCUUAGACAGGCCAUGGUUCACACAUGAGGUCACAGUGAGUGGCACUGCCAUGUUGCCAGGAGUUGGUGUCUUUGGCACAGGGAGCACAGCCCGGGUGCUGGUCCCAUUGUUGAAAGCUGAAGGCUUUGAGGUUCAUGCAUUAUGGGGGCGAAGUGAAGAGGAAGCAUUCUGCUUGGCUAAGGAACUUGGAAUCCCAUUCCACACUAGCCGAUCUGACGAUGUUUUGCUGCAUCAAGAUGUCGACCUCGUUUGCAUCUAUAUUCCUCCCUCAAUGACAAGACAGAUUGCCGUCAAAGCACUUGGUAUUGGUAAGAAUGUUGUGUGUGAGAAAGCUGCAACUGCAGUGGAUUUAUUCAAGAUGGUGACUGCAGCCAGAUACUAUCCCCAGCUGCUCAGCAUUAUGGGUAACACCCUGCGCUUUCUGCCAGCGUUUGUUGCAAUGCGCCAGCUGCUGGUGGAGGGAUAUGUCGGUGAAGUGCAGGUGUGCGACGUUCGUGUCUAUGGCCCAAGCCUCCUGGACCAGUCGUACGGCUGGACCUGUGAGGAGCUGAUGGGAGGCGGCGGUCUGCACACCGUUGGCUCCGCCAUCAUUGACCUUUUAAGUUACUUGACUGGUUCCCGAGCCAAUCGUGUGCACGGCUUAUUGCGCACCUUUGUCCAGCAAAACAACUUGAUCCGAGGCAUCCGUCGUGUGACCAGUGAUGAUUUUUGUUUCUUCCAAAUGCUGAUGGGUGGAACUGCAUCCAGUUCUGGCGGCAUGUGUUGCACUGUGACCCUGAACUUCAACAUGCCAGGGUCGUUUGUGCACGAGGUUAUGGUAGUCGGAUCCACUGGGAGGUUGGUUGCCAGGGGGACAGAACUGUACGGUCAACGCAACGGAGGUAAAGGUGAGGAGCUGCUGCUAGGAGACGAUGGAUGGGUGGGACCAGAGGCGAAAGAGAUGCCCCUGCCUCACCUGCGGGGUCUGAGCUCCAUGGUGAAGGCACUGAAAGAGUCUUUUCAGGCUCACGAAGAGCGCAGGUUAUGGGCACGUGGACCAGUUGCCAUGGCACCAACAUUUGAAGACGGCUUGUAUGUGCAGACGGUGGUCGAAGCCGUGAAAAGGUCCAGCUGCAGUGGAGAGUGGGAGUGUGUCGAGAUCAUGAGUCAAGAGCCAGAUCCCAACCAUAAUCUGUGUGAAGCACUGCAGAGGAAUAAGAACUAAAUAUAUUUAUACAACCAGUGCAACUACUACAUGUCUGACAAAACAGGAUCCUGUAAUCCUGCUGCUUUAGCAGUUAACGCUAUGACUACUUUUUCACUAAUGGUGCACAGAUUGUGAAAUUAUGGGCUGACACCGAUGUCUAACUGAUACAGAUUGUUAGUUUUAUUUUUGUCUUUCUUUUGUGGCAGGGACACAAAGAUAUCUUCAUUAUGAAAAAUAAAUAAUAGCUUUUGGCACAUUACCAUUAAAUAAACAUAUAUUUAAUUAUGCAAAUUUGUGGAAAUAACCUUUAAUACUGCUUUCAAUCACAAACGAUAACUGUCAGAACGUUUUCUUCAGUAUACACAGCCCAGAUAAACAUUGAUGUCCAUGUUGGCAGAUGUUAUCUUGCCGAUUGGUUGAUGACCUUGAUAUCAACAAGGUGAACAUUCGGUUUCAAUUUGACCAGAAUGUUUGUCUCACACUUGUCACCCACACCACUGUUAUUCUAAUCCUCAUCUGAAACCAUCACAUAGCCUUUUUUAGUUUCAGCCUGCCACAGUGUACACACAAUUCAUGCAAACACAAAGGUCACAUCUUUUCUUCUUCUUUUUGAGACCUCCGCUUUAAGUCACAGUCAUGACUAUAGAUGCUAAUUAUGGCCAAGUCAUAUGUGCAAAAAGGUCAUCACGAUAAUUAAAUUAUAAUCCGUCAGCUGACAGUUAUCAUUGACCAGUGUCAGACAGUCAAACAUUGAGUUGUCCCCUCAGUGACACGUUUCUCAUCUGAUGUAAAACAUCAUUCAAAUUCAUUCAAAUUGAUGCAAAAACACGUCAGUUUACUUUAUAUUGAACCUUUGUUAUAUUGCCAUUGAAGAAAAUUCUGUUGUGAUGCUUUCUCUUAGGGAAUUAUUUCACAGUUCUAGAUAAUGUGUUGUGUUGUUUUUGUGGAGUUUUCAAAAAACAAGUGAGUGUUAGUCGAUCUUUUUUUUUGUAGUUGUAUGGGUACUUGAAUGUAGAAAGCUGAAUAAGUACCUCAUCUGUGCAGAGAGGAUGAAAGUGUUUGCAAGAUUUCCCAAAACUAUUGCUAAAGCAUGAACACAAUGACGGCCUGUUUGUCCAGUGGCAAUAAGUAAAUAAUCACUAACGUAAUGUUUGGAUGCAGCACUGUUUGUAAAAGCUGUUUACUUGGACACAGAGUGAGGUUAAGUUCUCAGUGUUUUUACAGUCCAUCAGAUAACAUUAGAACCUCUACUGUACUAUUACAUUUAUAUAUACAUAUAUGUAUAUUUAUACAUAUGUAUAUAUUUAUGACCGUGUUUGCGUCGACGUGUUCCCUAAAGCACCUUGUUCUGAAUGGAAGUGUUUACUACAGACGUGAAUGUGAAUAUCAAAGUGCGAGGAUGAUCUGACUAACAAAUCACUAUGACUGCAGUGUACUCAGAAUUCAAAUGACUGUCCAAUGGAGAGAGAGAGAGAGAGAGAGAGAGCAGCAACCACUCUAACUUCAGAAUUGUGAAAUUGUGUCGUGUCGUUGUAAAAAAAAUAUCUUCACAUAGAUGAGAUGGCAGGGAUUGAGUAAAAAUAAGCUAUAUUGUAUAAAGAAAAAUUACCCCCCCAAGAAAUGUGUAGUUCAGGUUAUUUGAAUUAGGAAUUGAUAUAAAAUAGUGCCAAUGCAUAGUCAAUGUGUUAAAUAGCGUAGACGGCAUUCAGUGUGCUGCCUGUUUGAAAGGAAAAUGUUGAAAGUAUUCCAAAUAUAACAAACGUUUUAUCAAUAUUUUCAGUAGGGCCUUCUCCAUAAUGUUUUCUCUGCUGUUCCCAUUCACUUGGAAACAAUGGGUAAAUUGUGUUCCGGUCCUCCCAUCUUCCUCUCCAGACUAUGACUGGCUAUGCAUGAGUACCUUAUACACUUCCACUUUAAAAAAACAACAAAAAACCCUGAACUAUUGUUCUUCCUUUCUUGUCAAACAUUUGAGUAGCACCAAAACAUUAUAAGCUAGUAAGAAAACAACAACCACGUCAGAGUCCCGCAAAAUUUUAACUGAUUUAGAAAGCAGCUUCAAUAAGGACAGUGCAGCGUUCAUGUUUUAUUACAAGUAUUGUGUUUUUGAUGUUGACUCUACAGAGGUUUCUCAGAUGGGGGAUUACAGGAUCAUUGCAGAAUCAAUUGUUUAUUUAAUCUAACCAUUAAAACUGACUGAAGAGGGAACCUACCAGCUUUUAACUGAAAUUUGUUGAGUUUACACAUUGUACAGAUUAUUGACAGAGUAUAAUUUUCCUUAGGUAGAUGAAUAGAUUCAGUUCUGUCCUUAGAAAGUGAACUUCUAUUGUUAAGCUGUCAGAUGUUGUAGACAUGAAGACGGAGUUAAAAAUGUGUGUAAAAGUUUGUUUACAUGUGUGGAGUGAUUCUGUUUUUACAAGAUUUUUAUUUUUAUGCAGUCUAUGCAUUUAAAGUUUUGUUUUACGUUAUGGUCACCCCCCCCUUACAGCGGCCCUGAAAUCUUUCGUAGAGUAGAACCACUGGAUUUGACGAGUGAGUAGAAAUGUGUGUCUCUCACACACGGAGAGACGGGAAGUGUGUUGUUUGUGGGUUUUGUAGCUGUUGACUACAUCUCUCAGUUCUGCUGAACAUCCUGUGAUAUUGACAACAGAGGCAGCACUGGUAUUAGUUUGGUUUGUUCUUCUUACAGUGGACUCGCAGACACAUGCGUGUUAAACACUUACCUCACGCUUUCCCAACAGUGCUUUACUAAAUCCCUGAGUUUACAUUGAGUGUUUUUAAUUAACUUGUCUGCAGUUUCUUCCAUUAUGCACCACUGUUAAAAUACAUUCCAGCUGAGUUUUUUUUUUUGCACUGAUAACUGCUAUAAUGCCACCUAUUUAAUACAUGCAAUGUAAUGUUUGUACCAGCCAGCUCACUGCACAGAUGACUUUCACAUUUUGUCUGUAUAAGGAAGAUGUUUUUUUUAAUUUAUUUAUGUUUAGGUGUGGAGGAAUCGUUCAGUGAAUAUCUGUUAAAAAGGUGUAAUAUUUAUCUUUUUCUGUUUAGAGUUUUAAUUAAUAGUAUGGCUUUUUGAGCACAAUGUGUUGCAUUUAAUUUGGGGUAAUGUGUUGUUCAUCUGCUAACAGAUAUUUCCUACAUAUUCCUAAAUAAAUACAGUUGUCUUCUUCA